AUGAUUACUUACUCAGAAUAUUUUGAUGACUAUGUUGAAGAUUUAAACAGAUAUCUACAUAAAAUAAAACAUUCUAUAUAUAAUAUAACAAAUAAAGAAGAUUAUAAUAAAAUAAGAGAAUACAUUUUCGAAGCUGAAAAAUGCAUUAAGCAAAUAAAUAUUGAAAUAAAUAGCUUACCAAAAGGAUCUAAUAAAAUUAUUAAUCAAAUAAAUACAUAUAACUUUGAUUUAAAGAAGUAUAAAGAUAUUGUGAAAAAAAUGAGUGCCGAUUAUUACUCUGAAGAAUAUCUUAAUAGUAGACAGUAUGAUAUGACAAAAAAAUAUAAAGAAGGGGUUGACUUUCUCAAAGAGUCUGAAAG